GGAACAACUAGUCAUGGUGGAACUGUCGGGAAUAAUUGAUUCAGAUUUUCUCGAGAAAUGUGAGAACAGGUGCAAGAUUUUGGGAAUAGAUACAGAGAGGCCCAUUUUACAAGUAGACAGAUAUGUCUUUGCUGGGGAGUAUGAAGAUACCCUUGGUACCUGUGUGGUGUUUGAAGAAAACAAAGAUUGUGAUGCAGAAGGAAACCAAAAAUUAGAGCUAAAAUACAAGUACCACACAAUGAAGAAGCUGAAUAUGACUCGAACACUCCUGAGUGAGAAAAAGGAAGGAGAAGAAAACACAGGUGGUGGAGUGGAAUGGCUAGAGCUUAAGGAAAAAGAUUUCUCAUAUAGCAGACCUAACAUGAUCUGCAAUUUCUUAUACGAAAAAGAAGAGAUGACUGAGCCUCAAGACAAGCUGGCAGAAGAAUCUGAGGGAGAAGCCAGUGACAAAGGAAACUUUGACGAGAACUUGGAGCCUGAGAUGCAGCCUAGCAUUGAAAUGGAUGACUCUGCCCAGGUCUUGGACAACACUAGCUCUGAAGCAGUGGACUCUCCUUCAUUGAAUACUCAGGAUAUUACCUUAGAUGAUUCUCCAUGUUGAUGUGAAGUCUGUAAUUUAG